AUGGGGGAUCAUGUGGCAGAAUUUAACAAAAUCCUAGACUACAAGGAUGUGUUACUCGAAACAAAUCCUGGUAACACUUGUGUUGUGAAGCUUACAGAUUCAAAAUCAGAAAAUGGGAUGAAACAGUUUCACUCUUUUUAUAUAUGUUUUGAUGCUAUGAAAAAGGAUUUUCAACAAGGAUGCAGAAGAUCAUGGACAGUAAUUGGUACUAAAAGCAAGGCCACAUGGAAAUGGUUCAUGACCAUUCUGCAAGAUGAUCUUAAUGUAGGAGAUGAUUCCCAGAUCACUAUCAUUAGUGAUAUACAAAAGGGACUAAUAGUUGUUGUAGAUGAAGUAUUUCUAGAAUGUGAGCACAGAAUGUGUGCUAGACAUAUAUUAGCAAAUUGGUCACAAAAUUGGAGAGGCAUAGAGAGAAGGAAGAAAUUUUGGGCUUGUGCUAGAGCCACUUUUGAGAUAAAUAACAUGGUAGAGAGUUUAAAGGUUUGGAUCUUGGGACCUAGGAACAAGACUAUUGUUUCUAUGUUGGAAGAAAUUAGAAUUAAGGUGAUGAGUAGGGUGAGUAAGUCAAGAGCAUUUGUUGAUACAUGGAUAACUAAAAUAUCUCCAAUGGCAAUGAUGGUAUUCAAUCCCAAUGUAACAAGAUCAAUGCAGUGCAACAUUGAAUGGAAUGGUGAUGAUGGAUUUGAAGUGUUAGAAGGCGCAUACAAGCAUACUGUGAACUUGGAUCAACAGAAAUGUAGUUGCAGAUCUUGGAAAUUAAAAAGUAUUCCAUGUGCACAUGGUAUAGCAGCAAUGAACCACUUGAACAUGGAUGCAUCAAUUUCAAGCUGGUAUAGAAAAGAGACAUAUCUGAAGACAUAUUCUCAUUUCAUUUAA